AUGGCUCCACACGCCCCGUACACUGCCGGCCCCUUUUUCAACCGAGGUCGUCCAGAGGACUACGAGCCGAUAACCCCCGAGGAGGUGUUUGAUAUCAUCCGAUCUGUCAGAGAUCCCGAACACAUGAACAUGACCCUCGAGGACCUGCGAGUGGUGAAUCUCAACGAUAUCACGGUCAUGGAUGAGCAGGGUUUGGUUCGCGUUGUUUAUACGCCUACUACUCCAACAUGCAGCCUGGGAAGCAUAAUAGGUUUGAGCUUGAAGAUUAAGCUUGAUAGGUGUCUCCCGAGGCGUUUUUGCUCCGUUGUCUACUGCAAGGAUGGAACGCACGAGAACGCCAUCUCACUCAAUAAGCAAAUUAACGACAAAGAGCGUGCUUUGGCGGCCCUUACCAAUAAGAAUAUUGCAUCUGUGGUCAACACGGCAAUCCGCAUUUGA